CCAUCCGGGUAUGGCUGAAAAGAGACAGCGGUCAAUACUGGCCCAGCAUUUACCACACAAUGGCCUCUCCUUGCUCUGCUAUGACUUACCAUCAUGAUAGCAGACGGAUAUUUGUGGGCCAGGAUAACGGAGCCGUAAUGGAAUUUCAUGUUUCUGAAGAUUUUAAUAAAAUGAACUUUAUCAAGACCUACCCAGCUCAUCAGAACCGGGUGUCUGCGAUAAUCUUCAGUUUGGCCGCCGAGUGGGUGAUCAGCACGGGCCAUGACAAGUGUGUUAGCUGGAUGUGCACACGGAGUGGGAGCAUGCUUGGGCGGCAUGGCUUCACUUCCUGGGCUUCAUGUCUGCAAUAUGACUUUGACACUCAGUAUGCUUUUGUUGGUGAUUAUUCUGGACAGAUCACCCUGCUGAAGCUUGAACAGAACACGAGUUCAGUUAUUACAACCCUCAAAGGACACGAAGGUAGUGUUGCCUGUCUCUGGUGGGACCCUAUUCAACGGUUACUCUUCUCAGGAGCAUCUGACAACAGCAUCAUCAUGUGGGACAUUGGAGGAAGGAAAGGCCGCACGCUCUUACUUCAGGGCCAUCAUGACCGGGUGCAGUCGCUGUGCUACCUCCAGCUCACGAGGCAGCUCGUGUCCUGUUCCUCAGAUGGUGGGAUUGCAGUGUGGAACAUGGAUGUUAGCAGAGAAGAGGCUCCUCAGUGGUUAGAAAGCGAUUCUUGUCAGAAAUGUGAGCAGCCCUUUUUCUGGAACAUAAAGCAGAUGUGGGACACAAAGACACUAGGGCUGAGACAACAUCACUGCAGGAAAUGCGGGCAGGCUGUCUGUGGCAAGUGCAGCAGCAAGCGCUCCAGUUACCCAGUCAUGGGCUUCGAGUUCCAAGUCCGGGUUUGUGAUUCCUGUUAUGACUCCAUCAAAGAUGAAGAUCGAACUUCUCUAGCAACCUUUCAUGAAGGAAAACAUAACAUUUCCCACAUGUCCAUGGACAUUGCCAGGGGACUGAUGGUCACCUGUGGGACAGACCGUGUUGUAAAGAUAUGGGACAUGACGCCGGUGGUGGGCUGCAGUCUGGCAACAGGGUUUACUCCACAUUGAUCCAGGAGCUGGGUGAUGUCCACACCUAAGAACAGCAACUCCACCAAAUGCAAUCCUUCCUGCGUAGCUCCACAGUCACUGUCUUGUGAAUUGGCAGUAACCACUUAAAAACAAAUCAACAUUUUUAAAAAGAAAAAAAA